GGGAACUUUUGGUUUGGUAAUAGUGCAUGUUAUCCUUAGUAAAUUAGAGUAGUCGUUCUUUCUUAAGAACACAUAACAAGGAAGUAAAUAAAGAUAUCAAAAUUGUAUAUUUUAAUAAAAUUAGGGCAUUUGGAAGAACCGAUAGCGUUUCAUGAAAUAUAUUUCUCAAGAUACAUCAACUGAAGUUUGAAUUAAAAUAUGGAUAAGCGUUUAACAGAAAAAGACUUUGAUCAGGUUGAAACAUGGAUCGGAACUGGACCCAAAACAUUCAAUCUGCUGUACAGUAUAACAAGGGAUGGCUGUGACGCGAGUGUGUUUCAUCAGAAAUGUGACAACCAAGGACCAACACUCACAGUCUUGUACAACAAGGAGGGUUCCGUGUAUGGAGGUUACACCGGAGCCAGCUGGCAAUCAACUCAAACCCUUUUAAAUAAAACCGACGACGCGGCAUUUCUAUAUCAGUUGUAUUUUUCUGGCAAUAAGAUCUCGAAGAAAUUUCCAUUAAAGAGUGGACAGACAGCGGUUUGUUCAUAUGCCGGUCAUGGGCCAAUCUUUGGUUCCAGCUCAUUUACUGACUUAUAUGCAUUUACUGGUGUAUUACAAAAGUCUUCUUUGGAAGAAUACAACCUGAAUGGAAACAUGAGUACAAAAUUCGGUAAGAACUAUGAAACAGGAGGAACAACGUCCAAUGAAGUCAACAACGGACACAUCAGAGUGACAGAGUUGGAGGUUUACGCCGUCAAAGAUGGCCAAAGAAAAAAGCCAGAUAUGCCGACUCCAUGGCGGAAAACUGCAGAAUGGGGACCGGAGUUGCUUGAGAGUUUGAAAGAAGAGGUAAAAAGCAUCCAACCACCAGAAGAACUUGACGUGCCACAUUUCAACAUUCUAUUGAUUGGGCCCUUAGGCUCGGGUAAAUCGAGCUUCUGUAAUUUGGUGUCAUCUGUUUUUCGGGGGAGAAUAUCACACCGUGCAAGAGUUGGUGGAGACUCGGACAUCAGUACAACAACCAUGUUUACACCAUACACGUUUGGGGACAAAGCCAGUCUUCAGCUCUAUGACACGAGAGGCUUAGCGGAGACGGACACAUUGGACCUUACGCAAUGCAAUCACAUGUUGGAAGGUAACGUUCCGGACUUUUAUGAGAUGGCAUCGACGAGCCUGAUAUCAAAUGACGAUGCGGAUUUUCAGCAUAGGCCAAAGUUGAGCAACAAAACGCACUGUGUUGUAUUUGUUCUGGACGGUUCGACAGUGGACGACAUUUCAACGCCUAUGCUGCACAAAUUGAAAACGUAUCGGAAUCUGUUGAACAGAAAAGAGAUACCACAAGCCGUCUUAGUCACAAAGAUUGACAAACUCUGCGAUAAAACGGAUGCUAAUGUAAGUAGCACAUUCCUCAGCCAAACGGUCAAAGAGGUAGUCGAAAAAGUAUCAGAGCUGUUCAAAAUACCACGGAACAAUAUUUGGCCAAUUAAAAAUUAUGAAGAGGAAGUGGAAAGCGAUGAAAACAUCAACAUUCUUGCUUUGCUUGCUGUCCGACAGAUCCUGUUCUUUGCAGAGGAUUAUCUGGAAAAUAUGAACGUGAAACAAAGUAGGAGAGUUCAGAGAGGAAAGGCAAAGCAGGCUGAAGGUGAAGCGUUCGGGUCAGACACUGCUUAAAACAUAUAAUGAUAUGUUUUUCAGAAACUGAAUUUGUGUGGAACGUCGAUAUCAACUACGCAUGCCAAGUUCUCAGAUAAUUAACUAUACUAAAAUUGUAUAGCCGCAGUCUUAACAACGAUAUCGCCAUCGUAAAUGUGUAUGAUAUGACUAAAGAAUGACAUAUUAUAUAUGCGAUCGACUAUUCCGUUUAAUUUAAAACAUCAUUCAUAAUGCGUGUGUCCUUGAAUUUUUGUUUGUUAAAAUGUGUCCACAUAUUAUUGCUAACAAUCCUUGUAGAUAUCUUGGUACAUUAUGUUAUACUAUACUUGUUUAAGAUAUUACCCAUGCCAAAAAGUAGUAUGUUAAAGGUGAUGUGAAAAUAUAGUAUGUCUUUAAAAGCAUUUGUCAUGUGUGCAAAACGAAUCCAGAUAAUUAAAUCACUUUGAAAUAAAUUCUAAGUUAAAACUUUUAAUGAAAUCAGUUAGAUACCUAAUGAAAUGAUCGCAAUAUUAUAAAAUUAUAUUAGAGCAAGUAUGGUACGAGAUUUUUGGUAUUACGAAAUGGCGACAAAUAACACGCCCCAUGCCUGAACAAAAACUUCACUCCAUCAACAUAGCAUUUAUAUAGGAAUGGUUAUUAAUUAUUGCAUAAAAUGUGUGUUUUCGGUCCGUUAUCGUGGUGUGUUAAAACGCAAAACCUCUGGCGUUGUCGGUAGAAAACGUGCAUUAUUCAGUCAAUUCACGUGCCGUUAAUGACCGGCUUUUGGUUUUACAUAUGCGCUUCCAGGGCUAGCAUCAUAACAAUGGCAACUGAGCGACCUGGUUUCUGACCGAAAGUGUGUCAACGAUGCCAACUUUUGCACAAAAACAAAUUUCAGCAUAUAUAGCUGUAUACAAACAUCAACAAAUUAAAGAAACAGCAUUAUAAGUUGUUGUUUAUCUCCUACAUUAACAUACCAAUGCACAUACAUUUAGUCAUGUUAAAAACAUCAUUUUAACUUUAUGUUUGGUACGUGUUAGUAACAUAUUUAUAUUUUAUAAGAUAUAUAUAUGUACUGUGUUGUUUGUGGAGUUUUGUGCUUUUGUUCUAUGUUUGUUGUUUGCAAUUAUUAGUGUUUACCCUGUGCCAUUAAACUGGGUCCAUGUUUAUACGUUUUGGCUACUGGGCUUGUAAAUGAAAUAAGUAUGUUUGUAGUGCACAGUCAGUUUAUGUCGCUUUAUGUUGCUAAUUUAUUACACACGCAUGUUUGCAUGUCGUGAAUGAUAUGGAUAAUAACAACUACACAUGGAUUUGUGUUACAUGAGAGUACCAAUAGCUUAUGCAAACGUAUUAUUGUAUUAUUAAAAAAUAGAAUUGAUUGCCAUACACAUAUUAAAAAAAAUGAUAAAAUACUAUAAACACUGCAUUUUCCAACCAUAUCUGCAUCUCGUUGCUCGGUUGAGACGUUACGUAGAUGUAGCGCCGGAUUUCUUAUAAUUAAGCACGUGUACUGCAUUGAUGCGCAUGAACUUCUGGUGAUGUUUGUUGUCAUCCUAGAUUUUAUUGACUUUCGAGAUGUUUGUUAUGCAUUGUGAAUGACGUUUACAAUAAGCUGUGGAUACCUGUACGUGCCAAUAUACGAUUUCUGUUUUAGCUUUGUAGCGACUGUCAACUGUGGGGAAACCGGCUUUCAAGAGCUCGACAUCAUUGUAUAACUCACUAUCGUAUGCAUUGAACUGCCUAUUUCAUAUUAAAUACAAAACAUUCA